AUGCGACUUCUUCGCCUUGCUCUUCCUCUGCACGCUGCCUUGUUGUUUGCGGCACUCGAUGCUGCCCGUCAACUCAACCUUUCCUUGUCGAUCGAUUUUAACGAUAGUGGGGGUCCUGUUGCAGAUCCACAACUCGCAACCAGCAACAAAGAAGAGAGAACUGCUGCUGAGAUUGCCGAGGGGGCUAAGAAAGGGAUUUCGGCGGCUUUGCUGAAAGUGCGCAAGUUGUCGGGAAAAGGAAAGAAACCUCUGAACGAUGUUGUUCCCUGGCAGGCACUUGAUAAAGCGACACGGGCACGUCUUAUCAAAACCAAAAAAACAACACGGAGCUACACGCAGUUGGCUCCUAAGGACGUGUCAGAAGAGGAUACGGUGUCGAAGUUGACGGAUCACCACACUGAAGAAGACAAAGCUUCUCGGAUCGGUGCGAUUAAGGACAUUGAGAACAAGGGAGUCGCGAGCAUCGAAGCCGAAUCGUGGGCCGAGCGGGUACAAGAGCUUGCUGACGAUGAGUUUACUCGUCUACGACUUGACUUGAAGGCCUCAGAAAUGCAGGAAGAAGGUUUUGUUCCACAUAUUUUGUACCAGAAAUUAUUUAGCCUCCCGGAAUGCGUACGCUGGAAAGAGUAUGUGGAAGAGAUCGACACACAUGACUCAGCGAUGACGAUGGUCAAGACUCUGACACGUUUUUUCGAUGUUCGAGCUCUCGCUACUGCGUUGAUGAUAUUAAGUGUUACCGAUUCAACAGAAGUGCUGGCCACCAAGAUGCUGACGGCGCAACUACGGUAUUGGGUAAGGACAAAGGUCGAUCCGAAAAAAGUCGAGGAGUGGAUGCUUGUUGAUGAGCCAUACCAUUUUUAUUUAAAGCAAGGUCUGUGUCGUCGGUACGCUGAUGUUUCAACGUGGAGUGUGUACGACCCAGCAACACAGGAUGCUCUUUUCAAGCACGAAAAUGUCAUGCUAACAUUCACGGAUCUGGCUAACAAGGACAUGCGACCAGAUGCAGACAUGCUGUCGGCUUUGAAGCGCAGUCACACUGUGAGUGAAGUGGCUUUGGCAAUGGCAGCGGUGGAAGUGGAGGCAGGGGACGAGCGCCUAAAACGUGACGCAACCAGCGUGCUUCUUGAGCUGAUUAAACUGUGGAAGAUCAAAGAGAAAUCACCAGACACCGUGUUCACGCUUUUGGAGCUCGACCAUCUAAAAACCCUGUCGGAUGGUGAUAUCCAUCUGGCUGAUUAUGCAAAAUCGUUUUUCCUCGACCCGAGGUUUGUGCUGUGGGAUGCGUAUCUGAUGGAACUCUAUAAAGGCGAAAGGGAGGUGAUGAACAUCAUGCGUGACACCGUGGACAGAAUUUUUGAUCGCGACGGGUUUUUCGUCAAGCUACUCACAGCCGCAGAACCGGUUCUAAAGAGAAUACGAGAAAGCGUGCCACCAAGCCCAUGA